AUGGCGUCUGCUCUCACAGCCUCUCCCUUGUCUGACGGAAUCCAAGCCGCCACGGAUUACGGUUACUACGACUACAACAACUCUUUGGUGUUCUUGGGAAAGAACGAGCUUCAGCACUUUGGCGGGACGUUCUCCGGCGUUCUGUACACCCUGAUCUUCAUCCUCAGCCUGGUGGGGAACAGCGUCCUGCUCUGGGCUCUGCUGGUGCGGGAGGACCUGAGGAAGACCACCACGCUCUUCCUCCUGCAGCUGGCCGUGUCCGACCUGCUGCUCACGCUGACACUGCCCUUCUGGGCCGUCUAUUACCUGCACCACUGGGUCUUCGGCACGCCCGGCUGCCACCUCCUCGUCUUCCUCUUCUUCCUGGGCUUCUACGGGUACAUGGCGUUCCUGGCGGCGGUGACGGUGGACCGCUACCUGGCCGUGGUCCACGCCGUGCGGAUGCUGCGGCUGCAGUCUCGGCUGUGCGUCGCGCUCUCUAGCGCCUCCCUGUGGCUGGUGUGUGUCAUCGCGAGCAUCCCGGAGGCGGUGCACUCCGAGACUGUGGAGGACGGGGACGAGACGCAGUGCCAGGCGGCGGAUCAGCCGCUGCACCUGCAGCUGCUGGGAUACGCCGUGCAGGUCAGCCUGUUCUUCCUCCUCCCCUUCGCCCUCAUCCUCUUCUGCUACGCACGCAUCUGGGCCACCGUGUCCAGGUGCAGGUCGGCCAGGCGGGCGCAGGCCGUGCGGCUGAUCUUCUGCAUGGUGCUGGGGUUCUUCGCCUGCUGGGCGCCCUACAACGUGGUGCUGCUCCUGGCCGCCCUGCAGCUCCUGGGCUGCCCCGGGCUGACGGGGCCUGAGGCGGAAGAGAGGCUGUUGAACGCGUACUACGUGUGCCACGCCCUGGCCUACUGCCACUGCUUCCUCAACCCCGCCCUCCACGUCUUCGGCAGCGGAAGGUUCCGCAGCUACCUCUCCGUCCGUCGCCACAGCGACCGGGGGAGGAGCCUGACACUCACCACUCAGCACAGUGUCCAGCGAGGUUCCACCUCCCGUCCGUGAUAUGCUGUGGGUGCAACUGCAGAAAAAAAAAAUUUCAUUAAAAAAGCAGAAGAGGGGAUGGAGAGAUUGAGACAUCCUGAAAUUCUUGGAAGGCAAAGACUUUCAGUUCACUGGAACCACUAUGGUGAAAUCCAGCCUUGUCUAGAAAUAUCUCACAAUUUUUUAAAGUUUUUUUUAUUUUUUUUAUUUGGCAAAUUAUCUAAAAAAUAAAAAAAAACCACUUAGCAAAUACUGUAUAUGUUUUUUUUUUUACACAUUUGUCCACGUAUGGGUAUUUACCCACAGCUGGGUAUUUACUGAAGCCACUCAGGACAAGCAUGAAACUCAUACUUUAAGCUUAGUACAUGGAAAUACAAGAUGGGACAAUCAUAAGAUUUUACUGUAUAGUCACUGAAAGGUUUCUUUCUGGGGAUGUUACCCAUUUGAGUCAAACAGAGUGCAAUUCCAUUUCACUUCCUAUAACUGUUUUAAAAAAAUAUAUAUACAUACACACCUGUGGUGGCCACUUUUUAUGUCUUGUUUAAAAAGCACAGUUUCAAUAUAAUUGCCUGUAAAUAUCUUAUUAUUUUAGAAAUGCUAGAAUUGUUUUAGAAGCGUACGAAUGUUGGAAGAAUCUAGGGUUAUAAUCUACAGCGUAUCGCAGUACCUGUUGCUUCAUAAGCCUUUGCUAACCAAGAUGGGUGUGUUGGUGGUUGAAGCAUUUCCUGUGAGGCUGACAUGUCAUUCCAGUGUGGUCGGUGUGUCUCAUGACCAAGGAUGCUUUUACAGGUUGGCUCAGUAAAGCCAACUCUGCAACAGGAAGUAGUGCAAGUUAUCGGAAAAAAAUAAGUAUUUUCACAUCAAAGACAAUGCAUCAGAUCACUGGGACCUUUUUUUUUUUUUUUACAUUUAAAAAGAAAUGUAUAACAUUUCAUGUUAUCAAAUUAUCAGUGCUAAUAAUAUGUACACUCCUGGGCAAAAAAAAUGGGCCAAGCCCAAAAUGGCAAAAUAUUAAGCUUUUAAUGGUCUUAACAACAAAUCAUUGGUCAGAAAAUUAGCAAGAAUUAAACAGACUAUGUUUGUAUGUA